AUGCCCCUUUCUUUUGUUCUCGUAUGCGAUCUGCUAGAGGAGGCUCGUAAACACGCCACAUCCGGCAACAAGAACCUCAACCAACGCGUGUCCGACUGGUUCACCCGGCACCGCCGCCAUGUCGACGACGCUGGGACUGAUGUCUCUGCACUGCUAUCUACCCUCCUUCCGGACAAGCGCACCGAUCGAGUGUAUGCGAUCCAGACCGAUACGCUGUCUAACAUCAUCGGCCGAGCCCUGCGUCUUGGGGCGUCGCGCGUCAAAGAGUUGCGCCGAUAUAAAGAGCCCGGCCGAGGCGAGGAUCUGGCUGACUGUGUUGCGAGACUCCUCAAAGAAACACCGAACCCUAUGUUUGCCGGGAAGAAUGCGGUAACUGUUGAGGAGAUCGAUUCAGUCCUGAAUAACCUCGCCGCCUCCUGUCGAUUCAGCUCACCCGCUGUUCGAGCCUUGCCGCCUCUUUCGACCAGUCGGGACGAACUCCUCGGCAGCCUGUACUUCCGCAUGCAAGCGAGAGAAGCCAAGUGGCUCACCCGCCUGAUUCUCAAAAACUUCCAACCCGUCAUGCUUGACCCGGGACAUGUGUACUACUGCUGCGACCCCCUGCUCCCUAAUAUUUUGAGGGUCCGAGACGACUUUUCUGCAGCACUGUCUCUUCUGCAGGAUCUGAGGAGACUCAGGAGAGAACCCUCGUUUCGCAGGGGCAUGGGGGAAAAGGGGGAGGCACUGAUGAAGCACUUGACACCCGUCUUGGGCGUCAAAGUCGGCAGGCCAUUUUGGCUGAAGGGUCGUAGUAUCAAACAUUGCAUCCAACUCGGCCACGGUCGCAUGAGCUGCGAGAAGAAGAUGGACGGGGAGUACUGUCAGAUCCACGUAGAUUUGAGCAAAGGAUUCAAGUGCAUCCAGAUCUUCUCCAAGAGCGGCAAGGACAGCACCAACGACCGUGCCGCGUUGCAUGGAGCAAUCCGAGACUCUCUGAACAUUGGAAGGACCAACUGCAAACUCGCUCGUGGUUGUAUUCUGGAGGGGGAGUUGGUGGUUUACAGUGACAAGGAGCAGAAAAUCUUGCCGUUUCACAAAAUACGUAAAUACGUUACGAGGUCUGGCAGCUUCCUCCACACUGAGGCAGAUUCACAGCGCCACGAUUAUGAACACCUUAUGAUCAUCUACUUCGAUGCUCUACUCAUCGACGGAGAGUCUCUUCUGGGCGUCCGCCAAAACGAGCGCUUUGAAAGACUUACAGAUCUGAUUACCUGUCGAAAGGGCCGUGCCGCGCUGGUAGAACAUCAAAUCAUCAGCUUCGACCAUUCUCUUGGGCCACAUCAUUUGAGAAAAGCGUUUGCCAAGUCGAUCGCAGCACGAGAGGAAGGCCUGGUACUGAAGCCCGACGACCCCUAUUUCGACUUCAACAAGAACCACCGCCCACUUUCUGGUUGCCCCAUCAAGCUGAAGAAGGAGUACAUUGGCGGGUUUGGUGAUGUGGGCGACUUUGCUGUCGUUGCGGCGCGGUACGACGUGGACCAAGCAAAGUGCUACAGCAUCCCGAAUCUCCAGUGGACGCACUUCUACCUGGGGUGUCUCGAAAACAAGGAGGAUGUCCAGAGGUGUCAGGCCCAGCCUGAGUUCACGGUGGUUCACCAGGUAGAGCUCAACGAGACCCUGCUCAAGAUGGUGGUGGCAUACGGCAAUCCACUGCCAGUUCCUUUUGAGGACAAUGACGCCUUGAUCCUUAACAUUGCGCCAGGCAUUGCCCAACAAAAGAUGCCCAGCAUGGUCUUUACCGAACCUUUGGUGUUUGAUGUCCGUUGCUUCUCGUUUGACAAGGAGGGAAACACAGGCUUCUGGCAGCCAAGGUUCCCGCAGGUGUCCAAGGUGCACUUUGACCGGUCUUUUAUUGACACCAUCUCCUUCUUGGAACUCCAGUCCAUUGCCAAGGACGCAACUACAGCACCGGCUAUGGAGGACAGUCAGGAGAUGCUUGACUGGAUUGCUAGACUGGAAGGAGCCGAUCCUCGGGGAAUCCCCGUCGACGCCGCCAGUCAGUCAACGACCACAUCCUUGAUGACCCCGUCUCGGGAUUCGUCAAUCCGACCGUCGAAUUCGCCAGCUCCAUCUCCUGCACAGAGCUCACUGAAAUCCCGUAGAUCUCUUCCGGCGUUGUUGGAAGCUCCGGAGUCCGUUCUCACCACAGCCCCGACAACUACAUCAGGUACAGCCGACAUCAUGGCCGAUGCCACUGGAGACUCUCCGACCAGCGAAGCAUCACAGGUUCCCAACAAAAACAAACGGGAACCAGAGGGAAAAGACGCGUGUCCGCGCAAGCGUGCGAGGCUUCGCUCGGAGCCUGGUCCCAUCGCCCAAGGAUCCCCCCGAUCAACGCGUCAGCCUCUCGCAGACAUGAGCAUCAACCAAACGACCCCUUCUCCUCACGCCUCUCAAACCCAGCCGCCGACGGCGAAGCAGGACGAAAUGGACAACAAAGCGACGAAGCCCGUCGCUCCCGUCUCUGUCGAAUUGAGCAAGAAGUCUAUGGAAGAUGCCAUGCUAAUCCCCGAGUCGCCCGCUCCGAGCGCACCAAAGCCCUUCGCGGCAGCGCAAAAGCAUGUAUGCCAACACGCCGGCGACAACUGCCCCUUCGCCAACACCACAGUACUCCUCUCCUCCUGCAUCGCCCAACAGGCCUGGAUCACGGAAAAUCUCCUCCCCAUCCACGGCAUCCGCGAAUGGACGACAGACCCGCAAGACUGGGUCGGCGAUCCCGCCUCAUCCCGAUCAUCACCCCCGGAUCCAAACAUCCAGAAGCGCAAGCGGCGUCCCCGCAAGAUCUGCUUCGUCGAGCACAAUCGCAAAGAAGCGACCCGCGCUUUGCUGAUGCGCCUCGAGAACAGCCCGCAGUACACGCCCAGCGGCAGGCGCGAGUACGUCGAGGUCUACGACUGGCGGAUUCUGGAGGAUAUGACUGCUCUGGAGAAGGUCUUCAAGGGGUCGAAGCCCUCGGCCGAGCACCCGGACCCCAAACGAAAGUGGUGGGUUGGCUUGGCUUAG